AUGUUUAUCACAACUGAUAAAACCAAAAUGUGCGAUAUUUUGAAAUAGCGCUGACAAUUAUGAAGGGAUUAAGAGGAAUUACAGUUAUUUUUGUGAUCGCCUUAUUCAGUACAACUUGCUUUGGAGGCGAUUUGUGCUGGGUUAAAGGAGACCUGAAAGUGUGUGAAUGGGGCUGUUGUGGGGACUAUUCAACUGACACAUUAUCUGGUGUUUGCUGCGAAGACACAAAUAUUGGGGUCAUUGUUGGUGCUGUGAUUGGGUCAAUUGCGUUGGUUACUGGAAUAGUGGUGACUAUCGUUGUCGUUUGCUGCUGCUGUAGAAAACAACCAAUUGUUAGCGGUCAUGUGAUCCAGGGAAAUACUGCAACGGUGGUGACAGGUCAGACCCUCUAUGGGGUUCCUAACGUAACGAACGUCUACGACGGCCCGGAUGGUCAGGUUCAAAUGACGUUUACAAGCAACACCACGCCAGUUGGAAAAUAUUGACAUUUGAAGUGUGCACAUACGUUGAACAACACCUUGAAAAACAUAUGUAAUAACCUACAAUUUUGUAUAAUUGUUUUUCUAUAAUAAACAAUAUGCUUAACAACUUGUUCACGGUCGCAAAUGACUCUUAUGUUUAAAUCUUAUAACGAAUAAACACUUUCUAGAGUGACGUGGUAGUAG